AUGAAAGCCGUGGUACGCGUCCCACAUCGGAUACGUGGUGAAACUACUCAUGACACUGAAUUUGAUGAUUUAAACGCACGAUUUUCUGAACUUAGUAAAAAGACUGAGAGAUUACAUUCAGAUGCGGUAAAAUUUCGAGAUGCAGUCUCAGGUAUGCUCAACUACCAAGCUAAUUUUGCCGAGCUCAUCGAAGAAGUUUAUAGCCCGGUGACUGGUGGAAUAGCCUCCGAAGCAGGAACAACUCGCCGUGUUCAGACGCCUGUACAGUCAAUGAAAGCGGCCUCAGAGUUUUUUGCUAUAAUGACAGAAAUUAGAGACACGAUAUUGCCAGAGUUGGAACUUAUUGAUCGUAGAGUAAUCCAACCAACAGGCGAUUUCCUAACAAUCAUCAAAUUAAUCUCGAAAACUAUCACUAAACGCGAUCAUAAAAGAAUCGAUUUCGAUAGACAUAGGUCGAGCGUGAGGAAAAUUCGCGAUAAACGAGAUAAAUCGUUAAGUGACGAGAAAAAUUUGUACAAGUUGGAAGAACAACUUGACACGGCCACAAAAGACUACGAUUAUUUCAACGACCUUUUAAAAAAAGACCUUCCGCAAUUUUUCGAAUAUCGUACCCAAUUCAUUGAACCUAUUUUCGAGGAAUUCUAUCACAUGCAAAUGAAAAUCUAUGGUCUUUUGCUGGACCGGAUGAACCAAUUAGUGGACACCGGAUACUUUGAUGUGAACUCUGAUAUCAUGAACGGGUUUGAUGAGAGACGUGGUGAUAUUCAGGAAAAGAUGGAGGUAUUGACGCUGCUUGGACGACGAGCAAAACAUGAGGAACGACGUAAUAGUAGUAAUAGUGCAGACUUACAAGUUGAACAAUCACAAUCACGACCGUUGAACUCACGAUCAUCAGGCAGUUCGAAAACACGUAUAACCAACGAAGAAUUAAUAGACGAGGUAGAAGAAUACGACCACGAAGACGACGUGCCACCGCCGUACACAGCUUCGCCUACUAAUUAUCCAUCAAGAGGCAUAAAUAACAACAAUGAAAGUGGCACUACCACUAGCAGAGUUGCCAGUCUUCGUAACAAUUUCAACAAUAAUGAUAACAAUAGUAGCAAUGCAAAGUCAGCGUCCGCCGCAACCAUCAAGCCCAAAAAACUACCGCCGCCACGUCCCCCCACAAAACCAGCCAUUAAAUACGUGAUAGCACUGUAUGAUUACGAUGCACAGGCGGAUGGCGAUUUGACUUUUAAAAAGGAUGACCGUAUUCAGUUGGUUGAACGAACUGAGGAUAAGAAUGACUGGUGGACGGGGAGACUUAAUGGUGUGGUUGGCGUGUUUCCAGGAAAUUAUGUUGAAGAACUUUGA